AUGGCCGGCAAGCCUCCUCCCGUCUCCACCCUCAAAUCCAUCCACCGCAGGGCCCUGCCCCCCCACACGCCGCCGCAAACCGCACCACCACAUCGCCGGCGCUUACCCUCUUCCCCGAGCUCCCCCGAGCAACCGUACCCCGGAUUCACACCUCGCUGGACUACGGGGCUCAUGCCACAACACCUCCCCUCCCCCAAGUUCGCGCGCCACUACACGAGCUCCUUCCCCACCGCCGGCCAACUGCCGCCGCGUUCCUAG